GCACCAGGCUGAGGAGCGCCGACAGGCUCGAUGAGCGGGGGCGCAGCGCGGCGCAGCGGCCGACGCCGGGUGGGCGCCCACUGCCUCCGCUCUCCGUCGUGUGCCUCCCCUCCCCGCCCCUUCCUCCAGCCGCCCGAGACCUCCCCGGGAGACUCAGGCGGUGAGUCCUUACUCUGCCGGGAAGCGGAAGAGCACUCCUAGAUUGAAAACUAUGCCACCCAAGUUCAAGCGCCACCUAAACGAUGACGAUGUCACUGGUUCUGUGAAGAGUGAAAGGAGAAAUCUUUUGGAAGAUGAUUCAGAUGAAGAAGAGGACUUUUUUCUAAGGGGACCGUCUGGACCAAGAUUUGGACCUAGGAAUGAUAAGAUUAAGCAUGUUCAGAAUCAGGUGGACGAAGUUAUUGAUGUCAUGCAAGAAAAUAUCACCAAGGUAAUCGAGAGAGGGGAGCGACUGGAUGAACUCCAGGACAAAUCAGAAAGCUUAUCGGAUAACGCAACUGCUUUCAGCAACAGAUCCAAGCAACUGCGCCGGCAGCUGUGGUGGCGUGGAUGCAAAAUAAAAGUCAUCGUGGCUCUGGUUGCUGGUAUCCUUCUGUUGGUGAUCAUCAUUCUUACCGUUAUGAAAUACCGCACCUGAUUUGAUGACGGAGGUCCUCGUCAAACAAAAUCUGGGACAAGAAGAAUACUAGUAAAUGGCUGCAUAAUUUAAAUGAAACACAUGUAUAUAACUUUCAGAACUUCUUCGAGAAACCUUUAAGGGGCACCUAUCACUUCAAAUUGGAGCACUGAGAACGUCCAUCCCUUCUUCCGUUCUGGCGGAGUGUGCUUUUCACGAUCGCGUCGCAGGCCGAGACCACCAGCCUCUGCUCCGCCGUAGUCCGAGGGUCUAACUGGAAACCGGACACUUGCCGGUUGACUGUGUCUGCGGUUAACGGUGCUUCGGGCUGUGGGCCUCCGUGGCACGGGGACUGGACUCAGGCCUGGGCCGGUGCGCUCGCAUUCAGGCGGGGCGGGGGGAAGCCCACGUAGCCAUCCCAUCAGCGUCCGCGAGACUGUUCUCACGUUACUACAGCUGCUCUGCAAGCCGUCUCCACACGCUUGCGGGUGUAACAAAAGCUAAGUGUUGUGAACGCCGUUGCCUUGGGCUACAACCGAAAACAUUCCAGUAAACCUAUUUUGGGCUGUAUAAGGGGACGUGUAGUAAUUUUCUGGAAUUGGAAUUGUGGAAAUGGGGGUUUUAAACAGUGUGAAAAGCGUCAUAGCACGGCACCGUAAAAUUGGGCAUAGUCACUGGAGGAGGUCAUCGUAGGUUUUGGAAAUGUCCAUCAUCCAGCCGCAAGUCAGGGUCCGUCUCCCAGUCGGCCUCCGAUGAGGGGGGGCUGAUCCCGAUGCACGUGAACGAAAUCCACAGGCAACUCACACCCCAAGGUCAUUGUCACUGGCCCUUGUCCCUGAAGUGCUAACGGCAGCAAAACGGCCUGCUGGGAGUCUGCUGGCGUUGCGCUCCCCGAUGGAACCCUGCAGACGGGUGCUUGCCGAACCCUCGAGUGUCGGGGCAGCCGACGGGAGUGACUGUCGAGUCAGGAGCCUGGGGAUGUCCCUCGGUCACUGGCCAAACGCCCGGGUCCUCAUUAAUCCAGCCCGGUUUUGUAACAAGAAGACGAGUUAACUAACACGGAACAGCCGAGUCAGAGUAAAAGUAAAUCCUCCUGUGGGGAAGCUCUCGUCCUGAAAUCGGAGGUUCUCCAGAAACACGCACGCCUGGACCUCUUGACGUGUGACCAGGACUCUGAAUUUGAAACGGGCUAACAGAAAAUGCCAGUAUUUAUAAGGGGGAAGUGAUCCUAGAUAGGCGUUAUUUCUUCGGUCAUUUUAAUCCAAAAUGUAUCAGAAUCUUUAAAAAAAAAAUUCUACCAGACCAGCACUAAGAAG